AUGGAUUUAGUCCACGGCAGCGGUGUGCUGGUUAUACAGCACCUGCAGAACAACUUCAGGGAAUAUCACAGCUUUCUCAACUUCAUGUCAACUGUGGGAGACCCUCGCAACAUUUUCUCUGUUUACUUCCCCCUGUGGUUCCAUCUCAGUCAUAAUGUGGGCACCAAGAUGAUAUGGGCUGCUGUUAUAGGAGACUGGUUCAAUCUAAUUUUCAAAUGGAUUCUGUUUGGUCAGCGGCCUUACUGGUGGGUCCAAGAAACUACAUUUUACCACAACAAUUCAGCCCCACAUUUGGAGCAAUUUCAAAUCACGUGUGAAACAGGGCCAGGUAGUCCGUCGGGUCAUGCCAUGGGUUCUUCCUGUGUGUGGUAUGUGAUGACAACCUCUGUUCUCAACUUCACCAGGCCUUCCUCCAGUGCCUCAUCUGCCCAGAGUUUUCAGAGGUUUUAUCUACUGAGGUCAGGCCUGUGGAUGUCUUUCUGGAUCAUUCAGACGAGCGUUUGUAUCUCCAGGGUUUUUAUUGCGACACAUUUCCCACAUCAGGUUAUCCUCGGUCUUUUGUUGGGUAUGCUGGUUGCUGCCAUGUUUGAUCGCAUCGGCUCAGUUUACAGCGCCAGCUUGAAAGUGUACACCCAGACCAACGUUUUUCUUUUCUCCUUUGCUGUUUGCUUUUAUCUGCUCCUGAAAGUGAUGGGCAUUGAUCUUCUGUGGUCAGUCACCAAAGCAAAGAAGUGGUGUGCUAACCCAGAGUGGAUCCAUCUGGACACCACCCCUUUUGCUGGUCUUUUGAGAAACCUCGGAGCCUUGUUUGGCCUGGGCCUGGCGGUCAACUCGGAGAUGUUCAUCCAGAGCUGCAAGGGGAAGAACGGCAGCAAAACCAGAUUCAAACUUAUGUGUGUGACUGCAACUCUCACGUGUCUGCAGCUGUACGACUUCAUCAAAAUACCCACUCACACAGAGGUUUUGUUUUAUGUACUGUCGUUCUGUAAGAGUGCUUCAGUACCUCUUGGUGUGGUGGCUCUUAUUCCGUACUGUGUUCAUUUGUUGAUUGGAGAUGAGGACAGGAAGCUGUCUUAGAUUAUUAAUUCAUUUGUAGGAUUUCUCACAUCACUUUUUUACCAGCAUUAGGAGACAUCAAAUGGGCUUUGGAUACACGCAAACCUGUCAGACUGCUACUUACAGUAACUGCACAGUCACAAAAGCACUGAAAAUGCAAUAUAUCUUAAAAUAAGUAACAAAACUGUGUUUUAGUAGUAAAUACU